AUGGGGAAUCUUCUAAAGUAAAUAAAUUGGCAAUAUGGACUGUUGUUCAUUAUUACAAAUCGGCGCUAUACGAUACAGUAUAAGUAUUCUGAAUUUUGUCGCUUCUUCAUAUAAAGAUGUCGUUAACAUAAGAGCUAAUAUUCCUUCUGUAUAAAAAUCGGACGAGCAUAUAUUUAAAUUCAUAUGUUGGGAAUUCUCACAGUACAUAAUCUUAUCAUUUGUGUGCCCCCAAAAAAUUCACCUUUGGCACAAAAGGGAAUUGCCGCGCAUAUUUGGCAGCCUAUUCCAGUAUACUAGUGCCGACGUUCAUACCUACAACACUAAAUGUUCAUGAAAACAAAAGCACUCGCAAUCUGCAUCUCACAUCAACAGUGAGAAAAGCAGGAGAAAGAUUGACACUCAAAAGAAUGUUUUAGCUACAGUGACCCUUAAAAACACAAAGCGGGAUUAACAUUUUGUUUUGGAAUGUUAUUUGAUUUUUUUAACAUUCUUGAGAUCGACAUUUCAGAUUAUAUCUUACUUUGUUUGAAAAAUUACUUUCGGUUUCGAUGAUCACGAAUAUUUUUUCUGAAAAGUAUUAUCGUGCGGCUAAAAGCUUAAAUUAAUGAAACAUCGAAUAUGUAUGCUCACAGUUAAUAGAAGGGGGAUGGUUAGGCUAGCGUACCACGUGACAAAAUAUGUUAUUGUCCUCUUUUUAUUUUGAUCAUGUGACCAAUAAGCGGUAUCAGACACUCAAAGCUCAAAUUAUAUUCAUGAGCGAACAUACAGCUGUUUAACGAAUACUGUGUAUUUCUUCCACUGUUUACUUCGCUGAUUCAAACUAUUAUAUUAAGAGGAGUUCUUGGGCAUAUGGGUGGCGGUAAUUGCGCCUUUUUUGGCUGUCCGACUAGCGGAAAGCACAAGCUUUCGCUGUUCAGAAUCCCUUCAGUAAAGUCUGUUGAUGGCGAAUAUACGAAGGAAUUGAAGCGAAAAGCUCGCGAAGAAUGGCUUCGCUUGAUCCUCAGAACACGGGAAACGACGGAAGAAGUGAAACAGAGAAUUGAGGCAAACAAUAUUUUUGUUUGCGAGCUGCAUUUUAAACCAGAAUGUAUCGUAACUGGUAAGUAUUUGUGGCCUAUAUUUUCGUGAUAUAUUUCUUUGUAGGGACAGCUGUUUAUACAAUAAUAUAGUCAAAUAUUUAACAUAAAGGACGCAUUGUUCAUGAAUAUUUAUAUAUUAUUUGCUACUGUAUAAACUGAAUCUAAUUUGCAUGUUAGGAAAAAGAAAAACAUUGGUUACGGGCAGCAUCCCGACAGAGAACCUGCCACAGAAAAGCCACGAAGCUCCUAGUAAACCAGAACGCCGAUCUCUUGUGAGGAAAGUUGACACUGCUGUCGUUGAAAAGCCGUCAACAUCGUCUCAGAUCGAGCCACGAUUUGCCGAUAUGGAGGAUUUUACAAAGCAGCUCGACCAGAUGACAAUUGAACCAUGGCAAAUUGACAAAUCCUACCAGGGUGAGAUACGGAUCGAGUUUUACGACAAGAAUCAUUGUGCUCCUAAUUACAGUGUUGUUGUAAAUUCAUCUCUGGAAUUCACUAUAUUUGUAUUCAGCUGGCCACUACCUGACCACCAUCUAAUUUAUAAGGAACAUAAACGUUCUAUUAAGUAUUUGGACGUACACGAGCUGUUGCAAACGAUAGAAAAUUCCAGAUUUUGCCAGGGACUGAUAGAGGACGAAGAUAUUAUGUCUGCUGCUACUAAUCCAACUGGAAAUCCUGAUCCAAACCCAGUCACAAUUGUACGCCAUACCAUUCCUAAAACGAUCGAAGUCCAAGAGGCUCAUUUUGAAGUGACACUCUUUUAUCGAUCAGUUGCAUGUGAUAUCCUUGUUGAUAGCAAACAUUCGAAGGAAUCUUGUCAACCUUGUGCAACUGCCUCUAACACAGUAAAGAGAGCUGCACGAAAGAAGAGCAAAGCCUCUGCAACCCCAGCUAAAUCUAAAGCCUCUUUACAAGCAUGUGGUCCAGACAAGUUGCGGGCGACA